AUGCCGCGCGGCUUCCUCGUCAAGCGCAGCCGGAGACCCGGCGGCUCCUACCGGGCACGCCCGCGGGAGCGGGACCCUGACCGGGACCCUCCGCCCACCCCGCCGCCGCCCCCGCCGCCCGCCGGCGGGGACAGCCCCGCCACUAGACAGGGAGCGGAGGAGAAGGGCGAGGAGGAGAAGGAGGGAGCGAUCGCCGCUUGCCCCGCGAUGUGGGCCCCCGGCGGCGGCUGCGGCGGCCCCGGGCUCACCCCGCCGGAGGCUCCGGCCGCCUGGGGGGCGACGGGGCCGUGCAGCGCGGCGGGGCCGCGGGCGGCUCUCUUCGAGCGGUGCCUCAGCUCCCCCGCCUCCGCCGAGUCCUUCCCCCUGGCCGCCUCCUUCCCGCCCGCCGAGAAGCUGCUGCUGCAGCCGCGCACGCCGCUGCCCGCCCCGCCGCUGCCGUCGGUGCCCGCGCUGAAGCGGCCGUCCCGGGCCAAGGCGCCGGCCAAGAAGGGCAAGGCCACGCGGAAGCUGAGCUUCGCCGACGAGGUGACCACCUCGCCCGUGCUGGGGCUGCGCAUCAAAGAGGAGGGGCCCGAGGGCCGGCCGGGGCCGCCGGCGGGGCGCACGCCGCUGGGCGAGUUCAUCUGCCAGCUGUGCAAAGAGCAGUACGCGGACCCGCUGGCGCUGGCUCAGCACCGCUGCUCCCGCAUCGUGCGCGUCGAGUACCGCUGCCCCGAGUGCCACAAGAUCUUCAGCUGUCCCGCCAACCUGGCCUCGCACCGCCGCUGGCACAAGCCGCGUCCCGGCCCCAGCGCCGAAGGCGCCGCCUCCGCCCCGCCGGGCAAGGAGAACAGCCCCGAGCGGCGGCCCCGCGGCCUCGCCGCGCCCCAGCCGCCGCCGGGGACCCGUCAGCACCGCGGCGGCGCGGACAGCGCCGGCGGCGCCCCGGCCGCCCCCGGCCCCAACCCCGGCCCAGCUCACGGCGGCGCUCCCGGUCCGGGCGGCGGCCCCGGCGGGGAGGCGUUCGCCUGCCCCUGCUGCCAGAAGCGGUUCCGGCGGCAGGCUUACCUCCGCAAGCACCUGGGCACCCACGGGGCAGCGCGGCCCGCUGCCUUCGGCCCGCCGGAGCGCGGGCCCCUCACCUUCGCCUGCCACCUCUGCGGCGCUCGCUUCCCCUCGGCGGACAUCAGGGACAAGCACCGGCUGUGGCACGCCGUGCGGGAGGAGCUGCUGCUGCCGCCGCCGCCGCCGCCGUCCGCCGGGGUCCCCGAGAGCAGCACGGCGGGCGGCGAGCGGCAGGGCUUCCCCUGCAAACACUGCCCCGCCACCUUCUUCAGCGCGCCCGGGCUGGCGCGGCACGCCAGCAAGUGCCACCCGCCGGAGAGCAGGCAGGUCCUGCUGCUCCAGGUGCCCGUCCGGCCGGGCUGCUAGGCCCGCGGCCGCCCCGGUGGGACUGCUCCGAGAGCCCGGGCUAGCCGAGCGAGCCCUGGCCACGCUGUAAUUACUAUGGAAAGUCGCGGCUCUCAGGGCUACGACGUCGGAGGGGCCGCCCGGUGACUCCCGGCCGGUGGGUAGCGACGCGCGCCCGGCCGGCACGGCGGCGUGUUCGGCCACGGGC